AUGUCCCCAUAUCAACUAGUUUUUGGUAAAUCAUGCCAUUUACCUGUUGAGCUAGAACACAAAGCCUUAUGGGCAUUGAAAGCUCUGAAUUUAGAUUGGACAAAGUCUUCAAGGGAGAGGUUGGACGAGUUGAAUGAAAUAGAUGAGUUCAGGCUCAGAUCUUACGACAGCUCAGCCAUUUACAAAGACAAAAUGAAGAAAUGGCAUGACACACAGAUAGUCCAGAGAGUGACACGAGUGUUCACCAAUGGUUCCACAGAAGUUGAAGGUAAAGAGGGACCCCCAUUUAAAGUUAACGUCUACCUUGGGGACUGCCAGGAAAUCACUUUAGUUGAAGAAAUGUAUCUGGAGGAUGCUUGA